CGCGCAGACCUACAUUAAUCCGUGACCAAGCUACCUCGAGCAACUUGCCCCAAGCCCAUUCUUUCACGAUAUUCCCCCGGAAUGUCUUUGGGUACAGACGUAGCUGACUUGCGAAAGCGUCCAUCUCCGACUCGACAUCCUUUAAGCCUAGACGACGCUGGCUCAAGCUUGCCGGAAGAGCCUAUCGCACAAGAAACCGUAGAUGCAUUUCAUGACGAAUUAGACAGGAGCGAGAGGUCGGUGACGGACAGUGAAGCUGAAUUGGGCAAGAGGCCAUGGUACAAGAGGCCUUCACCAUGGUGGAUGCUCACGCUAAUGCCGAUUUCUGCCAUGACACUUGCUGGCGUCUCCCCAUCCCUUAUGCAGGUAUAUACAGAGCUGGUUUGCAGGGAGAUCCGCCAGCCAGUUCCAAAUACGACUUCAUACGACAAUAGUCGAACUGUACCAGUGCAUGUUCUUCCCGAAUACUCCUCUGUCGCAAUCGUGGACGAUCACGACGAUACAUUCAACUUCCUUGCGAAACGUCAAGCACAUACAUGGCUACAGGAUGGCGAUAGCCAGGGGGAAGAGGAAGAUUGCUCUCGGGACCCUGUUGUCCAAGCAGCUGUAGCAAGACUUUUGACUGCCCUACUUACCACGCUGGGGAUUUUGAGUGUCAUACUUGCAGCUACCUGGGCAUCGUUAUCUGACCGCCUGGGACGUCGGCUUAUCCUCACCAUUACUUCCUCCGCAGUCAUUAUUUGCUACUCUAUUUAUAUUGUCAUUUACUAUGUUGCGGAUCGUCUCCCAGGAGGUUAUUGGUUGCUCCUCCUUGGCCCGAUUGUCCAUGGGCUUCUCGGAGGGACUGCUGCAGCGACAGCUACUACAAAUGCAUAUAUCGCGGAUUGCACACCAGCAUCCGCUCGUGCUCGAGUGUUCUCACUCACUCUCGGAUUACGUUUCAUAGGAAUGGCCAUUGGACCAACGCUCUGUUCGUUGAUUGUGAGUGCUACCGGGACACCCAUAGCGGCGCUCGUAUUGGUCGUUGGAACGCAUAUUGCUUAUGUUUUGACGAUGAUAUUCGUCGUUCCCGAGUCUCUGUCCUCUGAGAAGCGCGUAGAGAACCAGCGUGCUUGGCGUGAGGCAGCGCAAUCCUCGACCUCACGGAACGACACUGCUGCCUUCUCAAGUGUUUCGCAGCUAUCAAAAUCACUUUGGAAGAGCAUAAUUACAUUUAUUCGACCUUUGUCUGUUGCCAAACCCAUUACCAUUACUCGACCUUCUGGGAGGAGGCACAAAGAUUGGAGCUUGACGUUUGUUGUGGCGAGUUCUGGAAUCGCUUCAAUCAUCCUAGCGUCUUAUUCGUCGAUGUUCUUGGUCGCUAUACGUACGUUUGGGUGGACCGCCAUUGAGCUUGGAUACUGGUAUAGUGGAAUAGUCGCAGCACGAGCGCUAACGCUCACCCUCUUCCUGCCGGCUAUUAUCAAAUUGUACCAUUACUACACGAGUCGGAGGGAAAAGUCCGUCUCCAGUACGACGGCAACGGACGCAGAAGCGAGCGACGCAACGCCUCUCCUGACGGAUGAUCAGGACGCUUCUUCACCUGAACCUUCCACCCAGUCUCAAACACAGGCUCGGAAGACACCAGCGUUCGAUCUUGCAAUUGCACAAGGCUCGCUUGUGCUGGAAGUCGUCUGCUACGCUCUCGUCCCUGUCAUUUUCUCGUUUGGAGCGAUCCCGUUUAUCAUCCUCACCAUUCUCGCAUCGUGCGGGUCAGGUUUCGGACCCGCGAUCCAAGCUCUCGCAGUAGACCUGUACUCAGCACGAGGUGGUACAGAGACAGGUCGUCUGUUUGGCGUGUUGAGUGUUGUGCAGUCAAUAAGUUCGCAGAUCCUCGGACCUACGAUCUACGGGCUAGUCUACACAAAGAUUGUAGGUGUCUAUCCAGAAGGAAUAUUCUUCGUCUCUGUCGCAGCAGUGGCGAUUGCCGUGACAUUCCUCCUAUUUGUCGAGCUGCCUGGAAAGAAAGAAUCACAACGGGGAGAAGAUAGAGUAUGAUUAUAUUGCCCGAUUCGUUUUAUUCUGAGCU